CACCUGUCAACAUUAUGGCAAUUGAUUUUGAACACGACAUACUUUUGAUAAAAUAAAUAGAAUUAUCGAAUUUUUCUCGCUUGACUCCUCAAAAAAAGUGUGCGAACAAAACUAGUUGAAUCAUUUUGAAUUAAGGCUGAAUUUUUGUGUUUGACUUUCAUUCAAUUGAAGUCGCUACGUGAAUUUCAUAAAAAAAAAAUUCAUUCAGAAUGACGGAGCUGUUAAUCGAUCCGAAUAUUCGUGUUUGGGUAUUUUUGCCCAUCAUUGUGAUCACGUUUUUGGUCGGUAUUAUUAGGCAUUAUGCAUCGAUAUUAAUUUCAUCACAGAAAAAAGUUGAGCUCACGCAAAUUCAGGAUAGUCAAGCCAUGAUAAGGGCUCGGUUGCUACGAGAAAAUGGCAAAUACUUGACGGCUCAAUCGUUUGCAAUGAGACGGCAUUACUUCAACAAUGCGGACACCGGUUACUUCAAGACACAAAAACGCCAGCCAGUCAGUCCAAAUUCCACGGCGAUGUUGUCGGACAUGGUCAAAGGGAAUUUCAUCAAUGUAUUGCCAAUGGUUUUCAUCGGAGGUUGGAUCAACUGGAUGUUCUCUGGAUUCGUGACGACCAAAGUCCCAUUCCCAUUGACCCUUCGCUUCAAACCCAUGUUACAGCGCGGCGUUGAAUUGGCCUCACUUGAUGCAGCCUGGGUGUCCAGUGCAUCGUGGUACUUUUUGAAUGUGUUUGGCUUAAGAAGUAUUUACACUUUGGUUCUGGGCGAAAACAACGCGGCCGAUCAAACGUCAGCGAUGCAAGAGCAAAUGAGCGGAGCAGCCGGUUCAAUGCCACAAGAUCCAAAGGCGGCAUUCAAAGCCGAAUGGGAAGCCCUCGAAAUUACCGAAUAUGAAAAUGUACUGCAAAACGUGGACACACAUAUUUAUGGUGCAAUCAGUGAAAGUCUGUAGUAUUUGAAACCAAAACUCAAGAGAAAAAAAAAUUCAACAAUUAAAUUAAUUGAUUUGCGCAUUGAAAAUGCUUUGCAUUUUUCAUCUCAGUGUCUGUAACUUUUACCAUAUUUAAAUAAGUUGGGUAAUUGUAAAUCAAUAAUGAAAUUAAAAAAAUAAACGAAUGAACAAAGAAUUAGUACAAA